GAAGGCCAGAGGAAGGCAACAAAUAUUCAGCAUCAAUCAGAUUGAUAUUCCCAUUUGAGCUCUGGGGACGUGCUCGAUAUGAGUGACUAAUACAUAGAUUUCAGUGUCAGGUCUCGCAUCGCUCUGCGGUCGACACUGCACAUCCAAUCAGGCCUCCCGUGCAGCUUGUCUGCAAUGACAUACAGUUUCGCACACCUUGCAGCGGCCGUUCAUGUUGCCUCUGGGCUAUUUGUCCACCAUAGCUUGAGGUGAUGUCGUCAUAUUCAGGAGCUCAUCGAUCGCCAGAUGGCGACGGUUACGGUUCGCCCAUUCUCUCUCCCACCGAAUCCACACUUUCAUUACACAUUGAAUCUCCACCGCGGCCGAGCUUCAGCUCUCGAUUACAGCUUCGACGAGGCUCGACCGCGAGCUCUGUCAGUUCCAUUGGUGGAAUUUUAGACACUUCCUCCAAGCAUCACACACGACAAGCGGGCGAAGCGGAUCAAAAUGCCAUCUCGGCCCUCUUACAACCCCCAAUCGUCCGAACUGGCCUCCUGCCACACACGACAGGCACCGCAGCGAGCGCUCAGCGACCACCCUCAACAAAAGACAUUCCUCCGGUGACCCUCACGAAUAUACCCCAUGUUGAGCCGGCGGCGUUUCGACCCUACCUGACUCAGAUUGGUACGCUUUACGAGAGCUUCCAACAGGCGAAAGCAAAUUCGGAAGAAGGCGGUGGCGUCCAGUUUUAUCGACGGGAAAAAGACUCGACGGAAGACUUUUCGGAAUUACUUGAGCGUAACCUACGGAGGCAAUCGCAACAAUACGAUGCUUCGAGCUUCUCGCGCAAGGCGUCCACCGCAUCUCUGACGGUCUCGCCGCUUUUAUCACCACAAUCGAGACGACCCUCGAGUAGUGGAAGCAUCAGACGCGCGGGGCACGGCAUCUCACCCCUAUCGACCGUACCCAAGGUGUAUUUUGAAGAGGAUUUCCAUCUCGAGAAUCCCAGAACUUUUGAUAUUGUUAGUGAGAGGUCAGACGUCGUUCGAGAAAGCCCUAGUACCCCCACCGAUGAAACCAAGGGCGCAAAUGGGUUCGCUCUGCCGCCAGCGCCAACCGGUCGCAAAGCGCUUGCCACAAAUGCUAUCCUGCAGGAGAAGUUAUCAUGGUACUUGGAUACUGUCGAGGUACAUUUGAUAUCGUCCAUUUCCAAUGCGUCAACAUCCUUUUUUGCCGCUCUGGGCUCACUUCGAGAACUACACUCGGAAGCGCAGGAAUCCGUGGCAAAGAUAAAGGCACUACGAGAAGAGCUAGAGAAGUUGGACGAGGACAUGGCCGUGGGUGGCCUGAAUGUCCUCAGUUUGCGGAGACGAAGAAACAAUGUCCAUAAGCUGGCCUUGGCCAUCGGACAACUCAAAGACGUUGUAGAGAAUAUUGCAGAGUGUGACGGAAUGGUUGAUCGAGGAGAGAUUGAGAAAGCCAUAGACGCGGUUGAGGGUAUAGAGCGACUAAUUGCUGGUCAAGGCCAACAGCGUGUCAGCGCGGACGAGGACCAAUCGUCAGAUCCUCCUAUGAAGCCUUUUGAUUUGCGUGGUGUCAAGGCGCUCAGCGGUGCUCAAGAGGAACUCAGAUUUCUGCGCAACCGCAUUGGAAAGGGAUUUGAGUCGCGAUUUUUAGAAGCUCUGCUAGGAGAUCUCCGCCGACAUAUCCAAAGCGUUCCCAGCUCGGAAACACUUGAACGGUGGGCAUCGUUGUCUCCACGUUAUCGUGCAGACCAUGCCCGAAAAAGACCGGCUCUUCCAAGCUAUCUGAAACUGGACGAUUCAGUACGAUCCGAACUUUUGUCUACACUUCAUGGACUGAGUCGAGCUCGGCACUCUUCUGCUGCGACAGCAGCAUAUCGAGACUGCGUUUUACGAGAGAUGAAGAAUCUCAUUCGUCAGCAUCUUCCAAGUUCAACAGACGACGAUAACGAAUCGAUGGUGUCCGUCUCGACACACAGUGGCCGGCAUUUAACCCAACAAGAAAAAUCCUCAAUCUUGGCACGUAAUCUUCGCGCUUUAGAUCCCGAAUCAGCAGAAGAACUCUUGACAAAGAUAUACUCUGGCGUGGGUGAAGGCUUGAGAAGGCUAGGUGUCCAGAUUAAAGUUCUUUUGGAUGUAACAAGCAGUAUAAAAGUUCCAGAAGGACCGAGCCCAGUGAUGUCGCCGCUCCGUGGCCACGACGUUUCAUCAAUCAAUGGCUAUUUCAAUGGGACCACAAUUGACAGUGUCGCGUUUGAGAAUGCCCAGGAUGAAAUCAAUCAAGCGCUGGACAUGUCGAGUCUGCUCGGCCAAGCGGUGGAUAUUGCUCAGACGCAGAUUACAAAAGUCCUCAAAGUCCGCGCCGACCAGUCGAUACAUCUUCCACUCCAACAUUUUCUACGGUACUUUCAUAUCAAUCGCCUAUUCGCUGACGAAUGCGAAUCGGUAUCAGGCCGAGGUGGAACAGCGCUCAAAAAUGCUGUCAAUGGGCACAUUAAAGAGUUCGUGGCUAAUAUGGGCGAAUUUGAACGACAAACACUUGCGCAAAGCAUGGAGUCUGAUCGGUGGGACGCCAAAGAUUUUGGCGACACCGAAAGCGUUCUCCUACAAAACGUUCUCGACGGCGGCACCAGAGAUGUAGAAUCGUGGAUGAAGGGGGGUCGGAUAUGGGAGGCUCUCAGCGAGCCAACGCAAUCCGCGUCGAAUAACAGCAACGAAAAUACCACUGAGAAUGGCAAAGAUAAGGUCCGCAGCGCUUCGUUUGAUGAACAGAAGUUCAUCCUUCCUGCCUCUGCUGCUGUGGUGCUACAGGGUGUCGAGCGAUUUGAAAAUCUCAUUGCGGGUAUUCCCAGCAUGACUCAUGAAGUCUCGACAAACUUGCUAGAAUACCUCAAGCUGUUCAAUUCGCGAUCCUGUCAGCUCAUUCUCGGCGCGGGGGCAACGCGGAGUGCGGGCCUCAAGAACAUCACGACCAAACACUUGGCGCUUGCCUCGCAGUCACUAAGCUUCAUCAUCGCCUUGAUUCCGUACAUUCGCGAGUUUGUCCGCCGGCAUUCUCCUCCUUCGAGCCCACUCAUGGCGGAAUUCGACAAGGUCAAGAGGUUAUACCAGGAACAUCAGUCUGGUAUCCACGAUAAACUUGUCGAAAUCAUGAGCAUGCGCUCGUCUAGUCACGUUGGAGCGAUGAAGAAGACUGACUGGGAUAGUCCUGGCACGACGCAGCAGGAAGGAGCCAGCUCGUACAUGGAGACCCUGACCAAGGAGACGACGACUCUGCAUCGGGUCCUAAGCAGACAUUUCGCUGAACCAACGCUCAUCAUGAUUAUGGACCCUGUCUUUACGAGUUACCGAGAGCAAUGGGGGAACGCGUUUCGUGCAGCGACUGUCAAGACUGAUGCUGGAAAGGAGAGACUUCUCCGCGACGCUGAAUUGUUCAAGUCCAGACUCAGCAAAAUCACUGGCGCCGGCGACGUUGGCGAUAUGAUUGUCAAUAUUGUCCAGGACAAGAAACCCUUGCAAUCAAAGAAUCCAAAUCCGAAUCCGAAUCCGAAUCCGAAUCCAAACCCCGCUGCCAAAGCACCCACACCCGGUCCAGCUACCAAUAAUACCCAACCCUCGACUGCCCCGGCCCCUGCCUCGUCUGAAGACAAAGACACCAAGCUAAAGGAGCUAAAAAACUCCUUUACUCCCCGUUCUUCCAGUCUCGCUCCUCCUCCGCCUUCGUCUUCUUCUUCUCUCCCGGACUCGAGUCGUAAAUCGUCUACGGAUGAACCAACCCAGAGCACAGAUGCAAGCACGCGCACGUCUGUCGAGCAGUCCGGACGCGAGUCUGAAUCUGCUCAGCCAGACUCCACAAACACGGAUAGCGACAAGAAGGAAUAGGGGUCUCUUUAUGAGGCGUAGCAUGUAUUAUAUACCUUUGAUGGACAGCAGGCCCCUAGGUAGUUAAUCAAAUACAUUAAUGAAGC